UAGAGAGGCAGCAAUUGAAUCUCUCCUUAUUUCAUGAUGUAUCUCUUCAGUUGUAGGGUUAGAAAAAGAAAUAUGGUUAUUUUACAUCUAUUUUUUCUUGUUCUCCCAGUGUGCCUGUCAACAGCCUCAAAUAAUGAACAGGCCAUUAGGAAGAUGGACACUUUCAUCAGCUUCUUGGAGGAUAUGGAGUCUACCUUCCCAGAAUCUUCAGCUCUAACACUGACACAAUCUCUGAUCUCUGUUGUUAUUCCGUCCUUCCGGUCCUCAACACUUACAGAAAGCCAGACAGCUACCGCUCUUAAACUGCUACACUAUAAGAUCACAGGGUCAGAAGUUACAGGAUGGAAUGAGCAUGGUGUUGUGCUGGCCCCUGAUGGUAGUACUGUAGCACUAAUUCCCCUCUUGUGGGAACUGGCCUGGGGAUGGAAGGUUGAGUUUGAAGGCCUCACUGUAGAGCCUUGGUGUAAAAUGCUGAAAUCUGAGGAUAAGGAGUUUGCAUUUAAAAAACAAAUGAUAGAAUCAUGUACACUGUGGCAACAACCUAAUGACCAGCAUGAUUCUAGUCAACUUCACACUUUCAUAGGAGAUAAUCAUCCCUUGUCCUUUGCUGCUGCACUGGGGUUGGCUUUCCUUAGUCCAAAAGUACCAAUAGAUCAACCCAUGGACGCAGUUGAUGGAUGCUGGAACUCUAUAUCUAAUCCUAGCUCCUUCCAGCUUAGCAGUGCUCCUAAGCGUCCUUACUUGACCGUGGCAUUUUUCAAUGGUGCCCUGGACGGUAUUCUGUUGGGGGAGAUGCUCAGAAAAGAGCCUAAUGUCCAAAAUCUCAGUACUCUCCUUCAAAAUUAUUAUGGGGGAAAGUCACCCAUGAGUCCCUAUAGAAGGCAAAACUUUCAAUCUCACUUAGUGGAGGGUCAGUUAGAAACAGUAGUAAAGAGCGAACUUUAUUGUAUGAAGAGUUUUAGCAAAGGCUGUGACUGGCACAACAUCACGGAUGAUCAGCUAGAAACUGUUGCUGCAGCUGCUGCAAAAGAAUUCACGUUUCGAUAUCUAGAAUGUCCUGCUAUCAUACCGCGUUGCAUGUGGGGUGCCAAACCGUAUAAUGGGUCUCCAACCCUUCUGAAACUACCACUUCCUAACAUUUUCAUUCACCACACUUACGAACCAUCACGACCCUGCACUUCCUUUGCGGACUGUUCUGCAAAUAUGCAGAGUAUGCAAAACUUUCAUCAGGAAGGCCGAGGCUGGGAUGACAUUGGGUACAGUUUUCACAUGAGACGUUCAAGGAGAUCUAAAGCACCUCCAAAGCGAAUCAUGGAGGCUAGGGAGGAACCUGCAGAGAGAGAAGUGGUUGAAGACAGCGAUGAAGCAGCUGAGUGGAUCCCUCCAUCGCCAGAAACGGUGGGUCGAACCCCUUUACUUCCCUCCCUUUCCCCUUCACUUGAUCAAUCCUCCGGGGAGGUUGGGGGUAGUAGUGGGGAGAUUUCAGAUAGGGCCUUACUGGAGGUGCUGGCAUUAGUGAGCAAUAUGGGGGGUAGUGCUGGGCAUCCAGAUGGCGCGUCUGAGCCCGUCGGCCAUGCGGCCGGGAGUGAGCCCUCUUUACGGGGGGUUAGUUCUGACAUAGGCCCCAAUUUAGUUACCAUGUCGGGCCCUGCCGGGCCCGUUUCUGGCCUUCGCAGGCCCACAUGUCCCCCUAAAGUAGCCGGUAAAGCGGGGGUCCCCGCUAGGCCCGCUAUGCGGUCUACAGCCGCUAGCUCCUCUGUCCCCUGCUCUCCGGUCCCCCUGGCUGGGCCUCCCUCCCCUCGCGUGGUCGCGGCGGGCCCUUCUCGGCCUUGUGGCGUUCCGGUCCCCGGCCCCUACGGGCCUUGCUCUUUUGCCCCAAUAGUUGGUAGUUUUAGUGGGAGCAGUUCGGCCUUACCUCCGACGUCGUCUCCGGUGUCUCAGGACUCCAUCGCGGCCGCGGUAUCCCUUUUCCAGAUGUGGGCAUCUUCUUUGUCGGGGUCUCCGGGUGCGUCCCACGUGGUCCUUGGUCCUCCGGCGGUGGUUGCGCAGGCUCCCGCGUCGACUGUUCCUCCAUCGGCGGCGACUUCCGGUUUGCGGUCCUCCGAGGGCGGGACUUCCGGUGACGUCAUUUCCGAUGACGUCACUGCCGGUCCCGCCAUUUGUCAGCAGUCAUCGAAGCGGAGCAGGUCGAGUUCCCCGCGCGGCGUUCAAGGUAAGAGAGGAGUGCCGCGGGGGGGAACUUAUGCUCCGGGGGGCAAUUCUGCUGAUGCAAUGGGGUCUACAGGGGCAGCACUUGUGGGGGUUGAUCUUCACGAGGGGGCUAAUGGUGAAUCAAUGGAGGAAUUACCUCAGGGGGGGCAUUUCUCUGGCCAAAUGAACCCGGGGGUCCCUGUUGGAGGCCCCCGUGGGCAGGUUGCAAAGGGUAUUACGGCCCGGCAAAGGGCAAAGGCCCCGUCGGGUAGUAAUCCUCGUCAAGGGGCAAAGGCCCCAUUGGGCAAUUAUAAAGGUGGCGCAGCACCUAUUGGGCACGCUAGGAGUAUGCCUAAAAGCGCUGGCAGUAAUAGUGAGGUUUCUGUGGGCAAAGGCGGCGCCCGUGCAGGCGGCGCUUUUGGCGCGCAAAUUGGUGGGAGUGUAGGGGCUAGGCCUCAGGCUCCGGGCGCAUCCCCGGCAGCAGCGAGGAAGGUAGUAACUAGGUCUUCUACCAAACAUGGUUCACCAGAACAGUUUCAGAGUUUAGAUUUAGCGGUUGCAUCCACUAGACGUAAGAAAGCCACCCCUAUCACUCAGAAGUCAGUACAUUUUAGUGAAGAGAUAGAGGACUUUACAGAAGAUGAGCAGGGUGUGUAUGAUGAUGUUGCAAGUGGCGAAGGCACCCAUGAUGUCCAUGAUGUGUGUGAGGGGAUGCAUGAACGGUCUGGGCACACGGGGAGGGGUAGAGCAGACCUUCCCCUUCGUGGUACUCCUCUCUGGCAAUCUCUUUUGCAGGAAAGCGACAUGGCUACGUCAGGAGAUUCAGGCAGCGGGUUGGAGAGAGGUGCUGAGAGCGGCCAGGACUCCAUGGUGUCAGAGGAUGAGCGUCCUUCUACUUCGGGAGUCGUGGCGAUUCCAAACAGGACCGGUGUGAGAGAUGGUGAGUCCUCAGUUUCAGUGGGGUUGCGGGGUUUUACCUCAUCCUCGGAUGAUUCUGGGUCAGAAAAUGACAAGGAACUGGGGUUGCAUGGGAAGGGCAAUAAAAGAAUGUAUAAGAUGCUUAGAUGGUUAACUGAUGAGAAGAGAUCAGAAAAAGGGGGUUUGCGUGACCGUCAUGACUAUAUUGCCUCUGGUAGGUCCGACAGGGCUGCCCCACCCAGACUUCGCAUAAGUGGGGUGGGGAGGCCCGUUAAUCGGAAGGUGGCACUCCAAGGGGAUACUAGAUCCUGGUCUUCUUAUGAUCUGCACGAGCAUUUGAAGACUAAGACAGUACGGAGAAUUCAAGAGGGUAAAUUUGUUAACAUCUUCGAGCUCUCGGUGGAAGCCCUAAGGCAGAAAGCGAGAGCGGAGGAUGGGACAGGCCCCAAGAAGUACCAGCGCCCAGAUACAUUUCACGAAUGGCGCCGGUGUUUCAGGAUCUAUGCGUCCUGCUAUUUGCAAAAAUGGCCAGACCAGUGUUUAGCCGUGUUGAAAUACAUGGAAAACAUGGAGAUCAUUGCUGAUAAUUAUCGCGAUGGUGCAUGGCGGGAUUAUGAUGAGGAGUUCCGCAGAAAGAUGGUGGGUAAUCCACUGUUGGAUUUCGGGUGCGUAGAAAUGCAACUCUGGGCCCGGCUGGGUCCCGAGAAAUCGCUAGGUUCUGCUGGGGCCCCGGCGGGUGCAACGCAGUUUCGACCCGCAAAUAGAUUUCGCAGACGCCCAGCUGGGGUUUGUUGGAAAUUCCAGGACAAGCAAUGCACGUUGGGAACCGCGUGUUCCUUUCGGCACGCUUGUCGCAUCUGCGGGGGAUUUCACCCUGCCGCAGACUGCGUUAAAAAAGGGGAAAGACAGGACAGGACUGGGCCAAGAGGCCCUGCUGUCGCUAAGAGCGGACACCCCGCUGAAGGUGGCCGCAAUUUGUAAGUGGCUCACGCUAUACCCCGAUAGGGUAACGGCGGCCUUGUCGGAGUCAGGGCUCCGGGAAGGUUUUGUUAUCCCCGUACAAGGUCCGGUUUCGGGUGCA